UCUGGUCGUCCGCAGAGAGCCGCCGCCGCCGUCUGGGUCCCCGCCCACCUCUCUUCUCUCCUCUUUUUCUGUUCACAACGGGCCUGAGCGAUGCAGCUGAGCCCGAGGCCCGCGGUGCUGGGGCUGCUGCUUCUGUACGCAGCGGUGGCCGGCGCCAGCAGCGCUGAGGAGCUGCACUACCCGCAGGGAGAGCACCGCUCGGACUACGACCGCGAGGCACUGCUGGGCGGCCAGGAUGAAGUCGAUGAAUACGUUAAACUCAAGCCCGAAGAGCAGCACAAAAGACUGAAGUCAAUCAUAAAGAAAAUUGACUUGGACUCAGAUGGCUUUCUCACCGAAAGUGAACUCAGUUCAUGGAUUCAAAUGUCUUUUAAACAUUAUGCGAUGCAAGAGGCAAAGCAGCAGUUUGUCGAAUAUGAUAAGAACAGCGAUGAUAUUGUGACGUGGGAUGAAUACAACAUCCAGAUGUACGAUCGCGUGAUCGACUUUGAUGAGAACACCGCUCUGGACGACGCGGAGGAGGAGUCCUUCAGGCAGCUUCAUUUAAAGGACAAGAAACGAUUUGAAAAAGCUAAUCAAGAUUCAGGUCCUGGUUUAAAUCUUGAAGAAUUUAUUGCUUUCGAGCAUCCUGAAGAAGUUGAUUAUAUGACGGAAUUUGUCAUUCAAGAGGCUUUAGAAGAACAUGACAAAAAUGGUGAUGGAUUUGUUAGUUUGGAAGAAUUUCUUGGUGAUUACAGGCGCGAUCCAACUGCAACUGAAGAUCCAGAAUGGAUACUUGUUGAAAAAGACAGAUUUGUCAAUGAUUAUGACAAAGAUAGCGAUGGUAGACUUGAUCCCCAAGAGCUAUUAUCUUGGGUUGUACCCAAUAAUCAGGGCAUUGCCCAAGAAGAGGCUCUUCAUCUAAUUGAUGAAAUGGAUUUGAAUGGUGAUAGAAAGCUCUCUGAAGCAGAGAUUCUGGAAAAUCAGGACUUGUUUCUUACCAGUGAAGCUACAGAUUAUGGCAGACAGCUCCAUGAUGAAUAUUUCUAUCAUGAUGAACUCUAAUCCCUACCUAUGUUUGAGUAGAGUACUGACUCCUUUUAUAACUUGUUACCAGCUUUACUUUUGUGAGGAAAUAUUGAUGUUAUCAGUUUUACACACUAAGUCUUACUCAGUCAAAAUCAUUUUAAUGUAAAUUAUAAUUUUGGCCUUUUAG